AUGCGCCGAAUGGAACUCGUUCCGGGACUUUCCCUUUUCGGACUCUUCGCAACUUCAACACCACGUUCCUUAAUGAAGAGACACAGCCCUAAUGCAGCUAUAGAGGAUCCAACGGCCCACUCGGCAACACAGUCUGCUGAGUCGGCCCUCGCUUUGCCAGCUUCCCUCAGACGAUCGAUCUCCCCUCCACCUGCCAAUCCCCGGCGUCUGAGCCGCAAAUCCCACACGUAUCCCGACCUCACAACCUCGUUGACCACCAACUCGACCACGGCAGCAGUCGAAGCUGGUGAAAUUGAGAUCCGCGACCAUGUGUCUUUCUUUUCGUCCAAGCUCCUCGCGGCGACGCGUCCGCCCAUUGGAGGCCAGCCCCGUCUCUCACACUCAAACUGGCUAGCCCUGUACCGCCGCAAUCUCAACGACAGAGGGCACCAUUUCGUCGUUCACCAGCACGACCAUCCGAUCGCAGGCACCCACUAUGAUCUUCGGCUGCAAUGUAACGCAACGAGCUCCGUCAGCUUCGCCAUCAUGUACGGCCUGCCCGGUGAUCCGAACAGCAGGAAGUUGAACCGCAACGCCACCGAGACCCGAGUGCAUAACUUGUGGAAUCAUCUCAUCGAGACCGCCUCGCAUGACACGGGCACCAUGCUGCUCUGGGACACCGGAGAAUACGAGGUGUUGCCCUACGAUUCCUCUUCUGGGAAAGCCAGCGCUACUGACGACGCGACCGCCACGGAAGGUUCAGACUUGGACUCUGAUAGCGACGUCCCAUGCAAAGAAAAGGCAGAGUCGGAACCAUCGAAACUCCACCGCGCGUUCCAGAACCGCAAAAUCAAGCUCCGUCUGCACGGUACACGGCUACCAAGGAACUACACGCUCAGCCUGAGACUCACCCACGACAACAACCGAGUCGUGCAACCUGCGGCGCCCGCGUUCAAGCGACGGAAGAGGAACAAGCAGAACCCGACCGGCCCAGCGCGUCGGAAAUCACAGCCUGAGCAUUCUGACACGACGGAGUCCGAGAGACCAAUCUCUCCCCUGGGCGAGGGAUCUUCAGAUUCUGACUUCGACCGCCGCAGUUCGAGACGGUCUCCGAAGUUCCAGCGGAGCGUGUCCUCUCUUCUACGGACAGCAUCACCACCUCGUCCGAAGCGGUCUAAUUCUGUUGCUGCGGAGCAAUACCACGAGCCCACACCAGCCACCACACCGCAGACUAUAAAUCCCGUCUACGUCGACCAAGCGGACACCCGCUCUGCCGCCCCGAAACCACCUAACCUCCCAACGGAGGAGUUCGACGAAGAAGCUGUGAUACGCCGCAACAACGCCUACCCGGGGGCGACGAACAGCAUCAACUCGAUCCACCAACGCCGAUGGUUCCUCUCUCUGGACCGCGCCGCCUGCGGCUUUCGCCCCACGAACCAGAUCGCCUUUGGGCAGAGGGUGUGGGAGCGGCCGCGCCUGUCCUCACCUUUGUCCGGGUCUGAGGCUGCGAAGGCCCGCCGUUCCGACGGGGGCGCUGGCAGGGGAGAAGAACGAGAACAAGAAGCAGAAGAAGAGGAAGAAGGUCGCAACGUCGGCCAGGCCCUGGGCGGCUUCGCCCCUUUCCACGUCCUGGGCCGCGACGUCGAAUUCAGCAUCCUGACGGGGCGUACCGCCGCCGACGUGGCUCGCGACGAAGGCCUCGUGGGAUACAAGCCACGCGGAGGAUGGAGGGGCGUGGUCGAGUAA